AUGGAUCAAGCAAAACUCGGAGCAGAAGCACUCAGCGCAGGCAACUACGCCGAAGCCAUCAAACAAUACACAGCUGCCCUUGCAGUCUCACCAACAUCACCCGACUACCUCAUCAAACGAUCUACCGCAUACCAAAGAAGCAACCCAGCCGACUACAACUCCGCCCUCGCCGACGCAAACAAGGCUGUCCUGAACGCCCAAAAGAGAGGAAAGCGCGAACCCAUCCUCCAGGGUCAGCUGAGACGAGCAAUAGCACUCUUCGGCCUCGAACGCUACCCCGAUUCAAAGUUCUGCUUCGACAUUGUCAAGCGUAUGGACCCGAAAGAGAAGACUUUGCCUAUCUGGGAAAAUAAGCUUGCAACAAAGAUGGCUGCCAUGGAUGGUGCAAAGGAUGUGACCAUCAAGGAGAUACCAGAUGAGGAAGACGUGCAAACAGUCAAGGCAGACUCGACACCAACAACGACCACCGCUUCUGCGCCCGCACAAUCUGCUGCAGUGGCCCAGACCCCUGCGGACAAGAUUCGUCACGACUGGUACCAAAACAACGACAAGGUCUACUUUACCCUGCUUGCAAAGGGCGUUCCCAAGGACAAGGCAACCAUUGACAUACAACCUCGCUCUCUCACCAUUUCCUUCCCCCUCCAAAUUUCUUCCGACUACGACUUCUCACUCGAACCUCUCUACGCCGAGAUCGACCCUUCAGCCUCAACCUUCUCCAUCAUGUCCACAAAAGUCGAAGUUGUACUCAAGAAAUCACAACCCGGUCAAAAGUGGCCAUCACUCGAGGGCAACGAGUCUACAACCGAGACAUCAAAGCCUACAACUUCCGUCGCUUCGACAUCCGUUCAAUCAUCCAGUGCUGCACAANAAGCCCCUUCAUACCCCACCUCCUCUCGCAGCGGCCCCAAAGACUGGGACAAACUCGCUUCAGAAGCCUUGGCUAAGCCCAAAACCGGCGACUCAAAAGCUGGAAGCAAAACGGAAGAAGACGAUGACGAUGAAGGUGGUGACCCAGUCAACGGCUUCUUCAAGAAGCUCUACGCUGGGGCUGACGCAGAUACUCGUCGUGCCAUGAUGAAGUCAUUCAGCGAGAGCAAUGGUACCGCUCUCAGCACCAACUGGGAGGAAGUGAAGAAGGGAAAGGUCGAGACGAGCCCUCCUGAUGGUCUUGAAGCCAAGAAGUGGUGA